UAGAAAGAAGAAGAAGGAAUACAACGUGCACCGCAUAUAAUUUUAAAAACAUUCUAAUUUACUCGAAUUUGUGGUAUAAAUACAGUAUUUAAAAGCCAUAAAAUGAAGCUCAGCACCUACAAUUUCCUCACCUCCAUGGCGAUUAAAGGUGUAAAGGUGGGAUUCCCCCUAAAACUAACGAUAGUCAAAAAGGAAGUGGUGGAGAGCGAGUUCAAUCCCACCUUUGUGGAGAGAAUUCUUCCCAAAUUGGACUGGUCAGCGGUCUACGGAGCUGCACAGGUGGCGGAACUCACAGAGGACAUUCCCGCCGUGCAGCCGGAGAAUAUUGGGGAGAAUGAGCUGCUCCUGCAGAAGCUCCACCACCUGCUCUUCGAGAUCGAUGUCCUCGAGGGUCAGCUGGAGUGCCCGGAAACAGGACGGGUGUUCCCCAUCACCGACGGCAUACCCAACAUGCUCCUCAACGAGGACGAGGUCUAGAUCCGCCCACUCAUGCUGUUUUGUACCAUAGUCCCCUCUCUCCAGACACGCAUUAUAAUUAAGUACAUUUGUUAGUUUUAAAGUCUGUUUAUUUACGAGUUACUAAAAAUAAUUGGAGCUUGGA